CUAUUUCGACGUUUGAGCUCUGAAGGUUUGAAUGACAUACUGGAAAUGAUAUUGCUUGCUAUGAAACCGUUCUUACUUAAGCUUAAACAUAAGUCACAGCUGGAUGUUGAUGAGCCAGCCUCAGGCAAUGGGCGCAUUGUAAUAAGUCGUAAAAAAGUGAAUUGUCAUGACUAUCCGCUAGCAGAAAAAAAAUCCAAAUUACCUAUAGAAACACCAUCGCCAGCAUCUGAUGGAAAUGGUUCACCUAUCGGUGGUAUAGCUGGAAGUCCAGCAUCUGGGGUGCUACUAUUAGGCGGCCAACAAAACUUAUUAAGUGCGGCAACAUCUUUAGGGGAGUAUACAAUGCCUGAACGUAACUACUGGCAAGAACGCCCUUCAGAAUGUCGAAAGGAUCUUGAAUCAAUGCGAAAUAAAAUCAAAACGCGCUAUAGUUCCAUUGCACAGCGAGGCAAUUAUGGUAAACAAAAUUCUCCCUACCCGAAUAACUGGCGCAUGAAUGGCACACUGAUAGCACAUUUACAUGAACACUCUGAGUCAGUUAUUAAACUGGCUGCACUUAAACCACAUGGUCCGCUUUUUGCUAGUGGCAGCAUAGAUGGUACGGUACGUUUGUGGGAUUGUAACAAACUAAAUGGCAAUCAAACCAUAAACAAGUCACGACAAGUGUAUUCUGCAAAUACACCAAUAUAUGCUUUAGCAGCCUGUGAUGGUGGACAAUCAUUGGCAGUUGGUGGAAAGGAUGGAAGUCUACUUAUAAUGCGUAUCGAUAGAAAUUCUUCAAAGAUGACCUUACAACAAGCACUCCAUUUAAAUCAAAAUGAACACAGUGAUGGCCCUGUAGUAGAUAUGGUAUCCUAUGAUCACACGUCACCUAAUAUUAUUAUAUAUGCCACACUAUACGGCGCUAUUGUAGCUUGGGAUACACGCAUACAACAAUGUGCUUGGCGUUUAGAAAAUGAACUACGUCAUGGAGUGAUUACAACAAUAUGUGCUGACUCUACAGGUUCCUGGCUUGCUACUGGUACCAGUGGUGGCAAACAUAUAUGCUGGGACUUACGUUUUAGAUUAGCUAUUGCAGAAAUAAAACAUCCCUCAGAUUCUUGGAUACGUAAAGUAGCUUGCCAUCCUACAGAGCCUUCCUGCUUAAUAUCAGCUUCAAAAUCUAAUAAUGAAGUUUCGAUUUGGAAUAUAGAAACAAAUCAUAGACAAACUGUACUCUGGGCUAGUCCAGCACCUCCAUUAUCCAACACUAGUAUGAACGAUCCGGCAACAACAUGUGGUGUCUUAAGUGGUGUUGUAGACAAUUCGCCUUUUAUUCUGACUGGAAGUUCAGAUCAACGUAUACGGUUCUGGAAUUUAUGUGACCCCAAAAGCUCAGCAUUGGUUGUGCCAUCGCCGAAGGAUAAUUUAAAUGAUAUUACAUUCAAUUAUAAUACACGGUUGAUUGAUGGCAGUCACGUUAUAGAGGAAAAUAUUAUUUCGCUUGGUAAUAAUACUGACAUGAAUGCCUUGCGAGUGUCAGCUGAAGAAAAUCCAAGAUCUGGCCCAGACAUGCCAUCAGCCAGUCAUCAAGACGCAAUUGCCGACUUACUGAUGUGCAAAAGUGAUAAAGGACAAAUAUAUAUAGCAUCAGCAGCGCGGGAUGGUGCUAUCAAACUAUGGAAAUAAUUUAAGUUACAAUUAUUUAUAUAAUUUGAAUUAUUUUGCAAUUCUUUUAUUCUCAAACUAUUUUAU